AUGGCCCGGAACCUGCAAGCCAAGCUCCCACCCUCCGAUACCCUUCGAGUCUACGACAUCAACAGUGUGUCAGUCGAGAAGUUUGCAAAUGAUACAAAGGCGUUAUCGGGUGGAGCUUCAGUUCACGUUGCGGCCAAUGCCCGAGAAGCUGCUGAGCAUUCUGCAACAACGAUCACUGUUCUGCCCGAUUCCGUACAUGUAAACAAUGUUAUGGGCCAGAUCCUCAAGCCCCCGCUCUCCGAGUCUGUCGUCGCCAACCCCGAUCGUCUAUUCAUCGAUUGCUCUACAAUUGAUCCAUCCUCGUCACGAGAAGUUGCCAACGCCUUCCACGCCACACAGCAGGGAAAGUUCGUUGAUGCACCCAUGUCUGGAGGCGUGGUAGGAGCUGAGGCUGGUACUCUCACUUUCAUGCUUGGCGCAGCUGACUCGAUGAUCUCUCGAGUCGAGCCAGUUCUAAUGAUGAUGGGUAGAAAGGUUGUACAUUGCGGACCGCAAAGUGCUGGCUUGUCUGCAAAGCUGGCAAAUAACUAUCUUCUAGCUAUCAACAACAUCGCUACGGCAGAGGCCAUGAAUCUCGGCAUGAAAUGGGGUCUGGAUCCCAAAGUACUAAGCAACUUGAUCAACAUCAGCACUGGAAAGUGCUGGCCAAGUGAGGUCAAUAACCCCGUCAAGGGUGUCGUGGAUGGGGCUCCUUCAUCCCGAGAUUACAGCGGUGGCUUUGGUGUGCAUUUGAUGAGAAAGGAUCUCAACCUAGCAAUCACUGCUGCUGCUGAGGCUGGUGCAAGACUAGAGCUCGGUAACAGAGCGAAGGAGGUCUAUGAGGCAGCCGAGCAGCAGGAGGAUUGCAAGGGAAGAGACUUCUCUGUCAUAUACAGAUAUCUUGGCGGGGCAGAAUAG